UUUAAUGCCGAUUUAUUAAGAUUUUCUUUCUCUGGCCCUUCUCUCUUGUUCCUUUUUUCACUAUCUUGUCUGCUACCUGUCAUCAUUUUCACCUGCUCCUUCUAAUGUCUCCUUCUGUACACAAUGUGUCACUCUUCCUUUCUCUUAAUUCCUGCUACUUCUAUUUUCCUGUACACUUUCAUCACUUUUUCUGUUCUCUGCUUCUCCUACUUUUUUAUAUAUUGUCCCUAUACCUUCCUUUUUCAAUGGCCUCUCUUCUAUACUCCUAUUAUCUCUUCACCCUUUGUGUGACUUCUCUUGUCAUUUGCUACUGAUUCACUUUACUUAAUUCUUUCUGAAUUGUAAUCUAAAUGCACGUUAUAUUCUCUUUAAUGCCAUUCAUCUGCUUGCUCUAUAUUCUCACUGCCUUUAUGUUUCACUUUAAUGUCUCCCUCUGUAAAUCUGCUGCUGCUUCUCUCCUCUGUGUUACACUCUCUCUUUCAUGGUCUUUAUGUCUCCUCUUUCAAUGUUUCCCCAAACUUUCCUGUUCCUUCUUGUUGGUCUCUUCUUUUUCCUUUCCUUCCUUCUUUCUGAACUUUAUCAGGGUGAAAUGAUCGACCGCAUAGAGUAUAAUGUGGAACAUUCCGUGGACUAUGUGGAAAGAGCAGUGUCUGACACCAAGAAGGCAGUCAAGUACCAGAGUAAAGCCAGAAGGAAGAAAAUCAUGAUCAUCAUCUGCUGUGUGGUUCUGGGUAUUGUCAUUGCUUCAACGUUUGGAGGGAUUUUUGCAUAAGGCGACCGGCAGAGAAUGCAUGUUCUGGACAUAGGAAGAGAUAUGCAGCACACAGUGCGUGCCCUGUCCAACAAGGCACUGGCAGUGGAAAAAAACAAAAAAAUAAAAACACUUUUUGAGUGGAGAGCCCCUCUGCAUGACAACCCUGUUGUUGUAACCCAGUGCACACACCCAGGAAGAGGCUCACUAUACUCUGCGUGAUGGGGUGGAUGGGACAUAACAAGCUUAGCCUACUAACCAAGCUGUGUUUGCCAUUAUGAUAUCCUUUCGUUUGCAAAGAGUUUCCCAGUUAUUGGACUCCUACAGGUGUUUGAAGGAUGCGGCAGAGGGUUAUCAUUCCUCCAAAGCCUUUAUUAUCCAUUCCACUGCCCACCAGAUGCCUUUUGGGUUCACAGAAGAAUCUGCCUCUUCAGCAGCCAACUAGACCCUAUCAUUGGGAGUAAGUGCCAAGCAAAGCCAGACCAUCUUAUUUGACUUCAUCCAUUGCACUCUUCAUGCUUUGAACUGGGACAAUGUGCUGGAGACCGUGACAAUUUCCCUUUUUGCAUGACAGGGGCUCAGUGUUUGGUUUAACUUGUUUAAAAGUUGGAAUCUGUUUUAUGUGAACCCUCUUCCGGCAACUCUUUUGAAGAGGGAUGGGUGCCAUUUUGAGUUCUUUUUGUAUCUGGGUAAAUACAUUCCUUUUUGUAACUCUGUAAGAAAAAUGUCUAGAUAUAUGUGUCUCUGUGAUCACAUAUGCAGAUAUGGUAUGUGUGUGUGUGUGCGCAAUCCACCUCAACCCAGAGCUGGCAUCACUGUUGUGUAAUGGCCUUUGGUCGCCAUGAAAUGUAUUUAUGUCCUGGAAGUGCUGGGUAGCCGUUAUGUGUUAACAGCCUGUACUGGCUACCUCCACUGGUGCACCACCAAGUACAUUGUGUACGUCUCUGUGUUAUGGGUUGGGGAGUGGCGGGGAAGUGACCGCAAGGCGACGCAGCACAAUCAGUCGAGUCAGUGAUGGCAAACUGAGUCCUGAUGUGCCUUACGGCUUGUACCAGUCAGUUGCUGAUCCUUUCAGUGCUGCCAAUACUUCCCAGCUCUGAAGGGGUUGCUCACCAGCAUGCUGUGUGAGGAGAGUUUUUAUAUUUGAUGUUAAUUCUUUCUUGUGUGUUUUUUUUUUUUUGUCUGCACCCCCUUGUGUGGCAUUUAAUAAAAGAUAUGAGUUUGAGGAGAUCUUAGCAAAGAGA